UUGCAUUGCGCGCUUCUGCAUGUACCUCACCUUGCGGCAAGUACCUAUUCCCGCCUACUAACGCACGCAUUAACCCCCGUCGCCCGUUUCCAUUUCUUUUCCUUGGCACUUUGACUUCUUCAACAACAUCGAUUCAUCGCAGACUUUACGUCGACCGUUUGUCCUUUUAAUCGGUCAGAUCGACUCACACUCUUUGACUGCUCGGUCAGUUUACGAUAAAUUCCACAGAUUUAUCGAUAUUUCGACGAAGCCCUCGCUGGGCGCGUCUAUCGCUCGUUCCCGUCGAUUUCCAUCGCUCGCUCUCAACCUCGCUCGCUUCAUUUCACUCGCAUUCGCCCACGAUGAAGUCCAUUUUUUCAACCGGCGCCGUUGCGCUUUUGGCCUCAACGGGUUUCGUUAACGCCCAGUCGCCUUAUAGCAUUGCAUCCACAGCCGACAUCAAGAAGUCAGCCAAGCAACUCGCUGCUGACUUGAUCACAUACUACCACGGAAACGACCCUGGCGGUAUUCCUGGUAUUCUGCCUGGUCCUCCUCCCAAUGGUGACUACUACUGGUGGGAAGGUGGUGCUAUGUGGGGGACGUAUAUGGAUUACUGGAAGUGCACCGGCGAUUCUACCUACAACAAAUUGGUGAUGCAGGCCAUGCAGUUCCAAGUCGGCGAUGAUCAGGACUACCAACCCGCCAACGUUACUCUGUCCCUCGGAAACGACGAUCAAGGCUUCUGGGGAAUGUCCGCCAUGUUGGCUGCUGAGCUGGACUUCCCCAACCCUGCUUCAGACCAGCCUGGAUGGCUUGCCCUCGCUCAGGCCGUUUUCAACACUCAGGCCAAUCCUGAUCGACAUGACAGCACUUGCAACGGUGGUCUUCGAUGGCAAAUUCCUCGAACUAACAACGGUUACGACUACAAGAACAGUAUUGCUAACGGAUGCUUCUUCAACUUGGGUGCCCGACUUGCUCGCUACACUGGCAAUAAGACUUAUUCCGACUGGGCUGAGAAGACCUGGGACUGGAUGGAGGGCGUCGGUUUCCUUGACCCUACCACUUAUAAGAUUUAUGACGGUGCUCAUGUCGGAACUAACUGUACCGAUAUCAACAAGGCUCAGUUCUCUUAUAACUCUGGUGUCUUCCUCCAAGGCGCUGCUUUCAUGUACAACCAUACCAAUGGUGAGCAGAAAUGGAAGGACCGUGUAAGCAAAUUGGUCGACGCUACUAUCAGCAACUUCUUCCCCAAGGAUAUCGCUGUGGAGAUUGCCUGCGAGAACCACGGCACCUGCACCACCGAUAUGUACUCAUUCAAGGGCUACGUCCACCGUUGGAUGUCUCAGGCAACACAUCUCGCUCCCUUUAUCAAGCCAAAGAUUCUUCCUGUUCUCCAGACAUCAACCGAAGCUGCCAUCAAGCAAUGUACUGGAGGAGACACAAAGCGUGUUUGCGGCUUUAAGUGGGCCAGCGGUGUCUAUGAUGGCAAGACAGGUGCCGGUCAGCAGAUGAACGUCCUUGCUGCCGUUUCGUCUCUCCUCAUGGAGAACACACCUCCUCCUGUCACGGCCAAGACUGGAGGUACCUCCAAGGGUAACCCCAACGCCGGCAAUGUCGGAGACGGCAAGAUUGAUAGGACCUACAAGCCUUUAACCACUGCAGACAGGGCUGGUGCUGGUAUCAUCACUUUCUUGGUUCUGUCCUUCGCAUGCGGCAUCUUCGGCUGGAUGAGCAUGGGCAAAUAGAUGAUCUUUCUCGGUUUCUGAAUAUGCCGAAAGACGAAGUCCGGCAUGCACAAUUGUGCUUCUUUUGCAGCCUUGUAUUUGGAAUCUGAAGAAAUGAUCUUUGGGGCGUUGGAUGGAGUAUACUUGACCUAAAUAGCCUGGUAGGCUGGAUAUCUAUUCUCUAAAUGUUAUAAUGUUUUACCA